UUUACUCAAACAGCCCCACUGGAGAUUACUUCCCGAGGUCCUUCAGCAGUGUUAGCCUAUCGUAAAGCCCUUUCAGAGGGGAAAACCAUUGUAAAAAGAGCGCCCAUCAUGUUCAUUGGACAAGGUCAAUCGGGAAAAACAAGUUUAAAGAGGUCAUUAAAAGGAGAACGUUUCAACCCAGAAGAAACCAUCACCAUAGGAAUAGAGACUGACCCUUCCUACUGCAAAGUUUCCCAAGAGGUAUGGAAAGUUGGGGAUAGUGGAGAUGAAGCGGCAAAUUCAGAUCCAGCACACAUUUCCUUUGAACAACAUACCGCUCAGUGCAUUUUAAAGAGCCUUAAAGGAGAGAUAAACUCAAAAGAGAUGAAAAAUGUGGAUACGUCGAAUCCUGCAAGUGGGAUUGACCCUUCCGCCCCCAAAGUUUCUCAAGAGGUUUGGAAAAAGAAUGCUGGUACGGUUGAUGAGGUACCGGAUGAGAUAGCUGCUUUACUUGAAAAUUUGCUUCAACUAGAAGAAGCCGAAGGUGCCCAAGGUAAAGAAGAUCUCUACGUAGUUUUGUGGGAUUUUGGUGGACAAUCUGUCUAUUACGCCACCCAUCCUUUAUUUCUUACAACGAGGGCGAUUUACCUUUUAGUUUAUGACUUAAGUCGAGAUCCAAAUGGAAAAGUCAGCCCUCAAGUGAAGCGCGGAUUUUACGAGGAUAUCGAGGAUGUUUUCUGUGAAAGGAGUAACAUGGAUUAUCUUGACUUGUGGAUGUCCUCUGUAUCUAGUUUGGUUCUGGAAGACGAGGACCUCCAGGAAAUGCUUGCAUCUGAAAUAUUACCAGAAAGACUUCCCCCAGUUUUCCUUGUUUGCACCCACGCUGAUAAACCUUUUCAAGGUUCAGAUCCUCAUGCGUUGGCCCGCAAGAUAUUUGGCUCAUUGAAGACGCGGGUUUAUGGGGAACAUAUAGUUGAUGUCUUUGUUGUAGACAACACUAAAUCCGGAAGUGUAGAAAAAUGUCCAGAAGUCGAUCGUCUGAGAAAAGAGGUAGAAACUGUUGCCAAUGAGUUACCACAAAUGAAAGAGGCAAUUCCGAUCAAGUGGUUGAAGUUUGAAAAGGAAAUGAAAGAGAAGAAUCAAGAUGGCCACAAGUGGAUUUCUCUCGAUGAAGCCAAAAAUAUUGCGACCGAAAAAUGUGGUAUUUCCAGCACCGAACAAUUUGUGGCAAUGUUGAACUUCUUACACGAUCAGAGAAUUUUAAUUCAUUUUGACGACACUCCACAGUUAAACAGAAUGGUGAUCUUGGACCCUCAAUGGUUGAUAGAUGUCUUCAAGGAGGUAAUUACCAUAAGGCCAUACCAAAGCAAAGAGAGAAAAUACGAGCAACUGUGGCUGAAGCUUGAGAGAACGGGAAUCUUGAAAGAAGAGCUCUUGCAGCAUGUAUGGGGCCCCUUGUUUGAUAACCGAGAAACUUGUCACACUCUCAUUGCCAUGAUGGAGAAAUUCUGCUUAUUAUGUCCCUUGUCGUUAUCAGUCGCGACUGAUUCACCCACUGAAUAUCUUGUACCUUCCAUGUUGAGGUUCCCACCGCUGGAGGAUGUGAGUAAGCUGAUUGCCUGUGCAGGGAUCCCGCCACUUUAUCUCAAGUUCAAGUCUAGUCAAGUGCCGUCCGGCCUUUUCUCUCGUGUGGUCCUAAUGGUCUUUCAGUGGUGCACAAAGGAGUUUUCCAGUCAAACGCAACCUCAGUUGCAUCAAAACUUUGCUAGAUUUUACACACAUCCUGCUGAAGGUUGUUCUCUAAUCCUCAAAUGCCAUUCUUCCUUCAUUGAGGUAGCUGUUUACAAAGAAAGAUGUGCCGCUAGACACUUAUCGGAUGUUGCAUCAGUACUGAAUUUGCCUUCAGAAUCCACACACGACGCCUUUCAGGUGGAUUUUGCUCGUGCAGUCUGUCGACAACUAAGACUGAUUCUCGAGUGCAUGCGAAUAGAGUUUCCCUGGCUAAAGAACAUGGCAUAUGAUCUCUCAGUAUGCUGUCCAGUGUGCUGUGCAAGUCGUUCUGUGAAUCAUUGUUGCAACCAUAAUGUACGUGACUGUAAGGAAGAGCAGUGCCUGCACCUUUUGUCAGAGUCUCAGCUCCUCGCCAGCCGUGGGUCCAUUGUAUGCACCCGGUCGGUUGUUGCCUUAAAUUGUAAGGUUCCUGUCGAUUCUGUUGGAUUCUGGUUUGGAUCUCUAGAAGGACAGCAAGCCACUGACGAAUACGACGAAAACUUCCCUUUGCCUAGCAGUGGAGAUGCCCAUAACGAUCGAGCAGUUGUCCUGUGCAGUGGAGUGCUGGAGGCCCUGACUUCACAGACGUGUGAUGCAAGUGAGGUUGUGGCCCAAUUUCAGCAAAUUCUCUCCUUGGAGAACUUGUCAUUGGAACAACCAGAUUCUGACACUAAGAAGAAGAUCCGCUACCUUUGUUUAAAGGCUAAAACUGCGAAAAAACAGGAAGUUGUCGCGAAAUUGAGAGAAAUUACUCCCGCGGGUACAACAGGUCCUUUGUUGCCUGAAAAGUGUGAUGUUGCAAUGAUUCCUGUGCAUCUGAGAAAAGAAUUAACGAUACACCUUAGCGGUGGAGAUGAGUGGAUGUCCUUAGCGGAGAAACUGGGUUUGACUCCGGCAGAAAUCAGAUUCCUCGACAAGCGAGUUUUGAAUCCAUGUGACGCCGCGCUGGAGUAUGCUCGAAAACAGCGGUUGAUACAGAAUGUGGGAGAUCUGUAUGACAGAUUAGUAGACUGUGAAUUGCCACGUUUAGCUGAUUUACUGUAA